ACAUUGAGACGCAGGUGACGCAGCGCAGCGUAUGGCAGUGCAGCGUAGUUUUCUGUAAUCUAUUAGUUAGAACUUAUUAGCGCAUAUUGGGAGGCAGGGCAGGGCAGAGCAGUGCUGUGCCUAUGUUAGCCUGCGUCACGUAGUGUUCGCGACACAUAUUACUGCACACGUGCCACGAGCUUUGGCUAUUACGAUAUUUAUUUAACUAAUUAAACUUGUUAAUUAAGUCAUCAUUUUUUAAAAAUUACGAUGGAAGAAACUUUAAUUGAAGCCGUCAGACAUUACAGUGUCUUAUUUGACACUAGUCAUGCCGACUAUAUGAAGGGCAAGUUGAAAAACGAAAUAUGGGAAAAGAUUGCCAGUGAACUUAAAUUAAGUAAUGGUAAGUACCUACCUAGUAUUCAAUUGAUUUUAUAUCGUGUAAAGAAAAUGCAAGUUCAAACAAAACUCGGAAGUUUAAACGCUACCUUGUAUUUUAUUGUUUUUACAGGUGAAACAGUGAAAACCAUGUGGACCAAACUGAGGAACUGCCACAGAGAUGCUCUACGAAGGCAAAAAAAAAUGUUUAAAAGUGGAGCUGGAGCUGAGACAGUUAGACGGUGGAAAUUCCAGAAACAAAUGGAGUUUUUGUUGCCAUACAUGGAGAACAGAAAGCGAAGUGCCAAUAUAGUUGACAGUGAUGAUGAACAAUCCGACAAUGCAGACACUGAAGUUAGUCAAAUUUUAGAGACACCACAGACGUCAAUCUUGGAGAAUAAUUAUGAACUGGAAGAAGAUAAUGAAGUGCACAGCAACAAGGAACGAGAAGAUUCUGUUGAAAAAUUAAAAGAUACUCCUUCGUCAGCUGGUAGGAAAUUUACUUUCAAAGAACCACAGAAAAAAAUGAAAAAAAAUGAUAUAGGCACCAUGAUUCAACAGUCUAUAGCGAAUCGCGAACAACGAGCCAAAGAAAGAUCAAUUGAACGCCAAAAAUUGGUAGACCUCAAAACUCCAAAUGAUCCGCUUUACCAUUUCUUUAUGUCCAUGUACCAAACGACUUAUAAAAUGCCACCAGCGUCUCAACUUACUAUCAAAAAUAAAUUAUUUGAAGUUGUUUCUCAAGUAGAGUCUGAUAUUUUGAAUUAUCAACAAAAUAAUGCUUUUCAAGAACUUCAUUCACAACAGAUACAACAAAAUAUCUACAGUCAACCUCAGUCUUUUUCUACGUGGUCAUACGGAGAAAGUUCAUGUGCAGGUACUUCUCGCGACAGUUCAGUUUCUGAAGAUGUUGAGAACCAAGAUAAUAUUGUUCAUUAUAUAAAUACUUACAAGACUAAAGAAUAAUUUUUUUUUAAUUUUAUUACAUCAA